AUGGGUAUUCCCUAUCCUAAUCAAGAGAACUCGCCAUCCACCACCCUACAACAUUCGUCGAUCUUAUCUACAACUCAGGUUCAUUCCUUCACACAUCUCAUCAUGCCUCAACAAAUCAAAAAAGACACGACUAGAUCCACCAGCAAAAAGAUCCCUUCCAAAGUCUGCUCAUCUAAAUUACAAGGUGGACUUGUUACAUCAUCGAGUACUCGAGACCAUGAAACUGCACAUGCUAGUGAAAAGGAAUUAUCCCCAAGUUUAAGAAGAUCCGAAGGGUCUACUUGCUCGGGAGCUUGUGGAAAGAUUGGUGGAUGUGAGAGGAAAGAGAAGAGUGUGAGUUUGGAGUUUUGA